CAGAGCAUACAGGCCCAUUAAAAGCCCAAAUUAAUUAAACUAUCCAACCGGAUCCCGAAUCCGGACCCAAACCUUGAUCCGGAUCCUUCCUCUUCGGCUCCAUCGCCGGUAAUAAUCAAUUCGCAGGCGAAGAAGCUGGAAGGAUCGUAGAAACAAACGAUGCCCCGUAAAGGAUUCUCCAAUUUCGAUGAUUACGAUGAUGGUUUCGACGAUGAAGAUGCGUAUGAUUAUGACUAUGAUGAUGAUGAUGAACAUGAAGAAGCUGAACAUAAGGAAGUGGAAAUAGCUUGGAGAUGUGGAAUCUGUACAUAUGACAAUGAUGAGAGUAUGAAUGCGUGUGAUAUCUGCGGUGCUAUUCGUCUUGACCCAGUGGCUGGUGGAAACCAAACCAUCAAUAACAAUACAGCAAGCAUGAAGCAGAAAGAGAGGCAAUAUUUGUCAGAACAGAAUCCUGUAAAGAAAGAAAGAGAUAGAUCAGAAACUAGCUCUCAAGGUAGAAGCAACGCUAAUGUUGGCUGCAUAAAAUCUGGCAAAAGUUUGCCAAAACCAAAAGCAGAUACGUCUCAUGAGACAAACUCUUCCUCAAAAAACAUGGAGGCGUCAGAGAGUCUAACUGGUAGUAUGAACAAGAUGUCUUUGACUAGGGAAACAGAAACCUCCAGAGAUGUUAAAAUCAGAAGUGCAAGAUCAAAAUCAAACCAUAAGCCAGAGGAGUGGAUGCUUCUUGAUAAAGAAUCAGAUACACUAACUCAACUUAACCUUGCCAUAGUUGGACAUGUUGAUUCCGGCAAAUCAACGCUUUCAGGUAGACUACUGCAUCUACUAGGAAGAAUAUCUCAAAAACAAAUGCACAAGUUUGAGAAAGAAGCAAAGUUGCUGGGCAAGGGGUCCUUUGCAUAUGCCUGGGCACUGGACGAGAGUGCUGAAGAGAGGGAAAGAGGAAUAACAAUGACGGUGGCUGUUGCUUACUUCAACACCAAAAGACACCAUGUUGUUUUGCUGGACUCUCCCGGACACAAAGACUUUGUCCCCAACAUGAUAGCAGGAGCAACGCAAGCGGAUGCGGCGAUCCUCGUCGUGGAUGCAUCUAUCGGUGCCUUUGAAGCUGGUUUUGAUAACUUGAAAGGCCAGACGAGGGAGCAUGCGCGUGUUCUUAGAGGCUUUGGCGUGGAGCAAGUCAUAGUUGCAGUCAACAAAAUGGAUAUUGUUGGGUAUUCCAAGGACAGGUUUGAUUUGAUUAGGCAGCAUGUUGGAUCUUUUCUUCAGUCGUGUCGGUUUAAAGAGUCGUCUCUGACGUGGGUUCCUUUAAGUGCCAUGGAGAACCAAAAUUUGGUUUCUGCUCCCUCUGAAAGCCGCCUAUCCUCAUGGUACCAAGGUCCAUGUUUAUUGGAUGCCGUUGACUCUGUUAACUCUCCUGGUAGAGACGUCUCAAAGCCUCUGCUCAUGCCUAUAUGUGACGUUGUGAGAUCAAACUCACAUGGGCAGGUUUCUGCGUGUGGCAAACUUGAAGCUGGAGCUGUUCGUUCAGGAUCCAAGGUAAUAGUUAUGCCAUCGGGAGAGCAAGGAACCGUGCGGUCUUUGGAGCGUGACUCUCAGGGUUGCACCAUCGCAAGAGCUGGAGAUAACGUAGCAAUAGCUUUGCAAGGGAUCGAUGCAAAUCAAGUGAUGGCAGGAGGUGUGCUGUGCCAUCCUGAUUACCCAGUUUCAGUAGCAACUCAUUUGGAGUUGAUGGUGCUCGUCUUGGAAGGUGCGACACCGAUCUUACUCGGUUCUCAGUUGGAGUUUCAUGUGCACCAUGCAAAGGAAGCAGCAACAGUUGUGAAGCUUGUGGCAAUGCUUGAUCCCAAAACAGGGGAGCCGACAAAGAAGUCUCCUCGUUGUCUAACUGCUAAACAAAGUGCAAUGCUUGAGGUGAGUCUUCAUUAUCCAGUCUGUGUGGAGACAUUUUCUGAAAGUAGAGCUCUUGGAAGAGUGUUCCUUAGAUCAUCAGGAAGAACAGUCGCAAUGGGCAAAGUUACUCGGAUCAUCCAAGACUCAUAAAAAUCCUCAACUGUUGUAAAAUUUUGUUUGUUCAUUAGAAAUUGAGCCUUCUUAUCUUUUGUCUGCACUACUUGCGAAAUAUCCUAAAAUCGGUUUAAUCUUUUUUAAUUAAAUUUCAAUGUGUAC